AGUAUUCCAUAAACAUAGAAAACCAAUAGAAAAGUGUAGAAAAAAAGUGAUUAUUAGCAUGAAAAUUAAUAAUGUUGGAAAGACAAAUACGCGGGAAGAAUUUGUAUUAGUUGAUCAUGUAGUGGAUCUGGCAACAAUGCAUAAAAUCCGGCUGCACAAUCCGUAUGUUAUAAAAAUCCGGCAGGAAUCUCUGAUGCAUUUAUAUGAACUGAGAUUUCAAGGCGUUAUCAAUGCAGAGGCAAGAGAAGAAGUCAUUAACAAUCGUCGAGGAAACUUUAGCGGAUGUAAUGACGGUUUAGAUAACCCGACUUGCGGUGCAAUGUUAAUUAACGGAGAGCCGAUACCAUUUAGUCAAGGUUUCUGCUGUUCUUGCGAGGACGCGUCGCACGCCAGAAGUUUCCAUUCAGCUAAGUUAAACUACUAUCAGCGAGACGAUAGCGCAAACAGUGCUCGCAACAGGUCCGAGUCGAGCGCGAAUUUAUUUGACAAUCCGAAGGCACAACGCCAAAUCGAAACGAGUGAAAACGAGAAACAGAACCGCUACGUUGAGUCGGAGAACGCGCGAAGACGAGUAACGAGCCGCAAUAUUUCCGCUGUUAAUGGCCCACUUGGCGAACGUGCGCCACCUCUUCGGAAAGAUCAAGGGAAACUGCUUAGAAACAAUUCGGUCCGACGCGGAUCCACUCGACCACUCGAAGAAUUCUCUCACGUGGAGAAUGCAGAUCGCGCGCAAACACUCGCAGCAAAGAACGUGUUUUUCGAUGCCGCGCCAAACGAAGGGAAGAUCGAAGCCUAUAUCGAUGUCGUGUACGAACAGGCUAUGAAGAAAAGAGCCAUGAAGCAAGAGAACAAGAGAGAUGAAAACACUUCUCAAAACUCAAUUACGAAAUUACCGAAGCUAAAAAGUGAACAAAAGUUCGGGAAAAUGUACGAUGAAGUGGAUAAUCGGAAAUUUCUCGAGAUAGCAAAGAAGAACAAUCAGUCAGUGAAUUUUUCAGGAAGUAAAAUUCACGGAGAAAAUGCGAGAAAUCGAUUCAGCAGCGCAGCUUGGUCGGAAAAUACUUCAGAUUGCGCAUCGACUUCUUUCUCGGCAAUACAUUCGUCGCAAAUUCCGGAAGAGAGUCGACUCUCGAAACAUACGAGCAAGAAUGCGUUUUCUACUAACAGAAGUCUCGCCACGACUGCUCAAUUUCUCACUUCACCUGGAUUUCCGUUCGAGAGCCCCGCCAAUAGAAAUAUUAAUUACGCUGUUACGCCGUCGAUGAAAUCAAAUGGUUUUGAGGAGGACGUGCUCGCGCUAUUAUCGAAAAUUGUGAGCGAAACACGUUCCUCGACGGCGAACGAAGAACAACGAUAUAAAUUUAGGGCACCGCAGAACAUCGCGGAUAAUGUUGCAUUGAAAAAUGCUCCGACCGCGAGAGAGAACUUAAGUGCGGCCGCGAUUCGAAAUGAUAAUGCGAGCGGCGAGAGAGGAACAUCGGAAAAUGCUAAUGUAUCGACGCGAAUCUCGACUGCUCCCGCUUUUACAAGAUUACGAAAUCUUUCUUCUUUCACUGGAGUUUCGAGGCUGGAAAAAUUAUCCGUUUCCACCGCUCGUCUCGGGAAUAAAUCAUUGACGAAAAUUCUCGAGUCAAGAAACCGCAGUUCGUUACCUGCGAACGAGGUACAGGGAUUCUCCGACGACUUUGCGAAUUUGUACGAGAGUUGGGAAUCACGUAGAAUUUACAACUCGCCAGAGUCAAGAUCGACACACGCGGACUUGAAAAACAGUUACAAAUUCCGAAAACCGUCAAAAGGCGCGGGGAAGUUUCGCAGCGACAAAGAUAACUUGGAACACUUUGGGAAGUCGUUAACACCUGGCAAAUUGAUAAAGAAGAAGCAGCAACACGCGCCACCGAGUUUCGAACGUGAUAAAUUUUCGAAUAAAUUUUCUUCCGAGAGACGUUUUCGAAAACGUCUUCGAAGACAUCUUCGAGCUGAGAAAAAAGACUCGCGCUCUUUCGAUAUUCAAAGAGAAAAUGAGAACUCGCAACACGAGACGCAAGUCUUUGUAGAUUAUCCUCCCAAUGUAGUUCAUUCCAAACGCAGGUCGGAGAAUAGAAGAGAAAAUGGUAAUCUGAAAAAACAAGUGAUUUUGGAACCCGGCUAUUCCUACAGGAAGAAAGUCCGGCCCACGGAGAGCGAUAAUCCAUUUCUCUUCAACAAAGACGACAAAGAGAGCAACGUCGAUAAGCGGAUCGAAGACAAGUUCGCGCGAAUAAGCAACGUCCUGAAAGAAGACUUCGAGGCAAGAAUUAUUCAAGAAACUCCACAGAAUUCCGGAACAGCUGCGAAGAGCGAAGUCGCAAAAGUCGAUGUCCCUAAAACUCCGAAUGAACUUAGAAUAAACAAUGAUUUGUUUUUGCAAAAAGUCGGUGACAAGUCGGAUGAGCCGGCUGCGAAUCGACGCGAUCGAGUAACGCGGCACGAGUAUCCUGCCGAAUUGAUCAGCACACCUCUGCGAUCGAUGAACAAAAGUUUUCUCGCAACCGCGGAAUUCAACCAACUUUUCUUACCAACGUCUGCUCUCUUCAAACCGGAAGUAAAACUAUCUCCUACUGUCAUCGGUCCCUUUCUGUCACCGCCAAUUAUAAGAAAGUCCGAACACAAUGUUUCGAAGGAAGUUAACUUCAAUAAACCAGAGCGAACUUCGCCAAGCAGUCGGAAACAAGAAGACUUUCGUUACACCGAGAGUUCGCUUCUUCAAAAUUCGGAGAAUAAUAUGGACGAGUCUUCGGAAAAGUUGCAACAGAAUAAAGAAGAGAUCGCCGAGCUGGUGGAUCGAAUCGUGAGGCAGUACGCGGCAUAUACACCCGUCAUGCCGGGCAUGCCGACUUUCGACGAGAUCACGGAAGCGGAAACACUGCCGCUUGAAGAAGAAACAACCGCCACUCAGCUUACGACGACACUAGCGACGACUACCAAGAUCACGGACGUGGCUUUCCGACCUUCGAUACGUCCCUUGCAAACGACGUCGCUCUCGGAAGAGCUGCACGAAGAGAUCUCUUUGGACGACGAGACGGAAGUGACGACAACUGGCGGAGAAACGACGAUCCCUAGACGAAAAUUGCAAACUGAAAGAUCCAACGUGAAAGUCGCAUCAGCAAAAACGCGGAAAAUGUCGAACAGAACCGAGAAAAGUAAAAACCUUGCCAAACGUGUUACAAGCUUAAAAGUAGCGGAUGCUGUAGAAGAGGAUCAUCCGUGGUAUCGUACGACGAAAAUGCAACAGAUAAUUACGGCAAACAGUUCCAAGUUUUUCCAGACAGCUAAUAAAACAAAGAAGCAGCACUCGAAAGUAGAUUAUCUUCAAAAUUCUUCUUCGGGACGGACCGCGUCGACAAUAGUUUCUCUCGGCGUCGCGGACGACGCUGAUUUCGCGCAGACGAGAAGCAAGAGAUCGGACUUUAUCCGAGAGUCGAGUGAUUUCCCGGUCUUUUACGAUUACGAAGAAGGAGAUGAAGAGAAUCGACAGAGCAGAAGAGCGGUUCUGGAGAAAAACGAAGAAUUUCCGAAUAUGACGGAGUCAACUGAAUUACAGACUCGAAUGGGAAAAAGAUUAGCCGGCGAAUCUCUUCGGCAUAGCUUUGAAAGUCGGGACCGAAUAGAAAAACACAAUAUUACACUUCGAGACGGUAUUGCGCGUAACGUCAAGCUUCGUCGUGCCGAUCUUAACGAGCGAUAUUUCACCUCGGACGUGCAAAAAGAUGAACGCGAGAAGAAUGCGCGAGAAAGCCUGAAGAACUUAACUUCUCUGAGACCACAUAACGUGAAUAAUAACGCGAAUGCUAAAUUUGACGAGGACAUUUCUCCGAGAAAUCGCGAAACUGUGUCGGUGUCGAAAGGUCUUUCCGGAUUGUCGCGCGCAGAACUGGCGAUCGAUCGGAAAACGGCGGAGAAACGCGCCUUCGGCGAGCGAGCGGUGCUCGAGAUCGACGGGUUAGUGAUGGCGCGAAAAAUCGCGGCGAACUUGUCGGGAAACGCAAGAACCGCGAGUGCGAACGAUUUGUCGAAUCGUCGUGCGGAACCGCAGGAGGAGUCGACGAGCGCGAUAUUACGAGGUUGCGCAAAAAGCCUCAGGGACCGAGACAAGAGUCACGGAGCGGAUACUGUCGUUCACAACGCGAAAUUGAUGAUGGCGGACGACGAUAAAGGCGACACGCGAGAUCUCAACGUCGCGGCUAAAAGUAUCGACAAAAAGACUCGGCCGUUGCUGUAUUUUGUCGCAAAACAGCGGGGGCGUGAGAACGUGAGAAAGAUUAAUGAAAAUCCCGCGGAUUUUCGAGUGCGUCGCGUUUCCGGAGGGAAAGAAUAUCUUCGACGCUCUCGAGACAAGGUGUACGAUACUAUCCGCAAAAUGAUCGAAAAGAUCAAGAAGAUGAGAGGAAAGUCAUCAUCGAUAUUGGGCAAGACGAAUAUCGGCAAGAAUAUCGCGGGAAGAAAGGAACGUGCCGAUCGAUCGUCGGCGAAUUGGCAUCGAUCAGGCAGACGAUUACUGUCGAGUAGAAAAUCUGUCUACAUCGAGAACGAUGAAUAUUACGAGGACGAUGAAAACGAGACGGACGGAGAGAAUGACUCGACGAGCGGUAAUGAAGCUAUUGCCAGAAGGGAUGAUUUAUCGGGCUUCGGGAAUCAACCUGGCCUACGCGAGGAUCAAGAUUCACGGAAAUUGGUGGCCGUGACGGAUCGAUCGGCAAGCGAGAACGCCGCGAGCGCUGCAAAGGAAAGAACGGCGGCUGGCGAUGCCGCGAUAAUCUCCGAUGAUCUUCGAGCGGUUAAAAUAUCAGAAGCUCCUUUCGAAAACGAAGACGCGCCUGUUAUCAAAAACACUGCCGACAACAUCUUUGAGCGAGGAAAAAACCAUUUCGAUGAUUUUAAAAAUGCUUUACAAAACUCUGAAAACUACGAAGAAGAAGUCGACGAAGAGCCACUUUCGUUUCGCGAAGAACAGAUCAACGGAGAUAACACACAAGAUGAAUCUCUUUAUGAAACUCCGUCGAUAGUUCCAACAGAACCAACUACAGACUUUCCUACCGUAAUCGAUCAAAAUUUAUCGAGUACAGAAACAUUUCACAGUAUAGCGCGAAGCUCAUCAAAAGAUGAGGGAAGCAUCAAAAUUUCAUUAACUGGAAGGAUCCAAGUGAAUGGCGCUUUCAAUCAAACGUCAGUGCUGAUAAGCUUUGACGCCAUACCUGAUAGAUCUCCAAUAACACAGUCUUUAACUUGGACAGAAUUGUCGAACGUUACAAGCGAAGCCACUGUCAUUAAUCUCCCUUUCAAUGACUCGAACGCGUUUGAUCUCUCGUCCAUAACCGAGCGCGCGAAUGACGAAGCAAAUAAUCCAUCAGACAUGAUACCGGGUGCGAAUGAAGAAGCCGGCAAGACAAAUACGAACCAAGUUGCGAUAAACUCCCGCGAGAAGUUUUUCCAUUUGGCGCGAAGAAGAAGCGGGGAGGAGAGAAGAGGAAUUGAGAAAACGGAUCCUUCUCAAAUCGAGAAGAGAUUGGACAAGUAUAACUCGAACUCGGGAACGGCCAAACAGGUAUUUCCAACAGAUUACUCGAAGCCGUCGAUGGUGCCGCGCGACAAAAUGGACAGGACGAAUGUCAGAGGGAAGUCUUCCGAGCGACUCGACGAAGCGAUCGACAAAUUGGAUCCUCCUUCAUCCGCCAGUUCGGUUCCCCGCUUUCCCAACAUAUUAGGAUCCGUUCUGGUGAGCAACGACAGCUUGAAAAAUUCAAACACGACCGAGGAAUUGCGAUAUCGAAUCGAUACCUCUUCGAUCAAAGCGAAUCGAUCUUGUUCGAAAAACGAUCGUUCGAGUACACUUCGCGUUGUACCGUUGUUGCGCAUCAAAAUCGAAAACCCGACGAACAUUAAGAGAAACAAGACGAAAUGUUGUGAGGAUUCGCGGAACACCACUUCCGGCGGUUGCUACGGUAUGCCCGUGACCGUUCGGGAACUCGAACUUCCCUGGACGACUUCGCGCGAGUUGCAAACUUGGAGUAAUUAUCGCGACAGCGAUCCCGUGAAAACUUUUCCUCCCGCAAUCCCCGAAGCGACUGCAAACCAGAAUAUGGAAACUACAAAGUCCACGUUAUCAGCACCGAACAUACUUGAAACCACGACUACUUUUACGAACGAAACGCUUUCUACCGGAACAUCGUGCAAUGAGUGUAACGACGAGUCGAGUAACGCAAUUCGCAUCAAGAAUACGAUGGCCAUCGUGAGAUUCAUGAUGAAGUUGCUGAGAAUCAUCACAGAGCACGAGGAAUCUCCUUGUUCUCGAACUCAGAUAGGAGAGACAUCGAUUCGUGUGAAUAACGUGGUUGUCAACGUGUCGAGUCAAAAUCGGAAUAGCGUUGGAAAGCAGAGAAAUGUUACCGAUAAGAUAAUGAUGACAUCAGAGGAUCUCACGAGCGCUGAGUGGCAAUCGACGAUCACGGAAAACAUUCGCGAGAAAUUGUUACCCUCGAAUGACGGUACUUUUGAGUCCUUUACUGAAGCACCGACUACGUCCACCUUGCCAACCUCUUCCGAUAAGGUGUUCAAGGACGAAAAACCAUCCACGCUCUUUGAAACUACCACGAGAAAGGAAGUACACGUCUCCGCUUCAUCGAGCACUUCUCCCGAGUCCUUUCUAUUUUACGAUCCCGUACAGAAGUCGCCUCGCAAAGACGCGUCUCGGAAAAAUACAAGCGUCGAUGCGGCGGAUGUGAAACAAAAUUCAAACGUCUCUUUUACCGGUCCAAAGGAAAAUUCGGGUGAAAGAAAAUCUCGAUUGGACGAUAGCCAAACAAAUGGUUCGUCUUCGCGGCUACGGAGAAGAGAUCGAAGUUCCGUCGAUCGACUUCGCUUCGACAAACAAGAAAUUGCUUCCACGACAAAUUUCAUAAAAGAUAAAAUCAAAUCUUUCCGGGAAGACUAUGUAGCGAAGAAUAAAAGUGUCGCUAACGAUACCAUCAGACCGAUACGUUCGCGCGAUACUUUACAAGAAAUCGGCGUUUUAAAAGAGGACAAAUCCGAGUUCAAGAGAUCGAAACAAACCGAAAAGACAAGAGUAUCAGAUCGGCAGGCCGCGAGAACGAAAUUGCUUAACAGGUCCACGGGAAGAAGUGCCUCGGGAGAUUGGAUCGGGGAACAUCGGGCGGUCACACGGCAACUGCCGGUCGAUAAGAAACUCCGGGAGUCGCGCGAAGUAACGGGCGGAACUGCAACGCCGGAAAAAGUCGUAUUUCGGCGUGUCCGCGGUAAGAUUAACUGUCCCCGUGACCCAAAUCUCGGCGAGAAAGAUUCAUUUAAGAUCGAGGGACAACACAUCGCCGGAAGAGAUAGCAUGGCAAAACUUUUAACCGAUGACGCUUUAUCCAUCAGCGAAGGAUUAAGUUCGUCGGAGAAAGCAGAUUUCUCGAAAAGAGGAAAAUCGAUUCGAUAUUUAUCCAUCAGUGAUAAUACUGACGCAUCUAAAGUUAACGAAAAAAUAGCGGAAAAACGUACGAGUGCUCCGGGCAAGAAACGCGAUGUCGGCGAACGUCGCGAUUUCCAGAAAGAUAAUCGCGUAUUUAGAAAACGGCAAAAGAUUCCGAAAAAGAAAACAAAAUGGCAGAAAAAGAAGAAAAGAAAGAAGGGUGCUCAAAGAACGAAAAAUAUAUCCGGGGCUAGAAACCAACAAUUUGGAAGACAUUUAUUAAUGAUGUCUCCCGAGCAAGAAUCCGGAUAUGAUGCCGAUGACGCUGUGGCGCGACUUUUGAGACGCUACAAAAAUGUUGAAAACACGAAACGCCAUGAGGACGGAAGUCGAACGGUCGAUGGAUCGGAAGUCGACCCCGUUCGAGCUCAAAUCCGGGGUGGUCAAGAUUGCACGGAUCGCAGACACCCGCCGAAUAUCGAUGCGGCCAAAUAUCUGGAGUCCGCGCAUUGUUUGCGCUUUAGUGAUUUAUGGUAUUCCGUAUAUCAGUUGAAAGAUCCCAUCGUCGAGCACACGGUAUACCUUCAGGUUUAUGAAAAACGCGCCUUAGCGAAUGGAUCGACUUACUGGAAAGAUCUCACUGGAGAUUUCGUAGUCAGAUUGGGCACGUUCAACAGGCACCACAGAGGAAGCCGAGAUACAAUCGCUUUCUCCUACAAGGAAGUGAAAACGUCGCGACGGGAGGAAAAGGAGGUUCCUAAUUUGGAUGUCGUUCGCGAUCGUCUUUUGGUGCCAUCGUCGGUGACAUCAAAAGGUUCCGGAUAUCCUGUCGAAGAAUCGGACGAGUAUCUCGUGGUACCGGCAAGUAGCAUCAACGAGUACGGGAACGAGUGCGACAAAGCGGGCGUAGGAUUCGCGGCGUUCGCGAAGCAACCAGAUCGGUGCGGACGUGUCCGUGGAACCUGUUUGAAAAAUCAGCCCCUGGCCUUCCGUAGGCACGACGUGGUACGUAUGACAGGUGCAAUAAAUGAAACAACACUGGAAAUAGCCUGUCCUCGGGCUAUCUGUGGGCGUUGCGUCGUGUAA